CCGAGCUCCCCCGCGUCCGCCUCGACAGCCGCUCGCCCUGCAACCACCAACCAUUCAUCAACGAUGACGUAUCAUCAUCAUCAUCGUCCUCCAACGGUUCAGCAUCGAUUCUCAACUGUCACCGUUUCAUCAUCGGCAAUAACAAAUCAUCAUCAUCAUCAUCAUCCGAUCAUCAGCAAGACCGAUUUUGUCUUAGAACAAAACAAGCCACAGUUCGCGAAGAGGACGAAGAAAAUGAUGAUAACGAUGAUUUCACUUUAAUGGCGAUUAUUGAUGAUGAUAAGCAGUGUGGUGAUGAUUAUAGGCGUCAUAAUAAGAUGAUAAAGAAUAGUGAUUUUUCUGAUGAUAGUUCUACUUUGAAAAGUGAUAGGUCGGUGAUGAGAAAUGAAGAUGGUUUCGAUGAUGCAAAUGCGAUGAUGAUGAAAAUCAGACAGCAGCAGCAGGUCGGUGACGCAGAGAUGGCGCCAGGAGAUAGGUGCGUGUCGGAGUGCGUCAGCAUGGGAGCUUCAUCGGAUUAUAAUAAAGGUGAGUGCAAGUCAAAGACACUGCCCAGAACCGAACGAUCGAAAAAUGCAGAUACUUCCUACGAGAAGGCAUGCAGGCGCGGAUCGGCCCCUGCGACACCUGUGUUGGGGUCGAGGCCCUCGACAGGGCCGAAUCAGGGCCAGGAUUGUCAUAGUCCACAACAAACCAAACAGGAACAACAGCACACGCCGAGCAGACUGGCCAGUUUCUUUUCUAAACGAUCAUUUCGUUCGAACCCUCUGAAACGAACGAAAAGUGUUACGAAGCUAGAAAGGUGCCGAAGGGGCGGCCAAAACUGCGGGAUUUCUUCAGGGGGCGCAAUGUCAUCCUCGCACGGUGGGAUGAUGGUCACCAGGGGCGGACUCAGGGGCUCCAGGUCGCACGAGAGCCUUCUCGGAGGACAUGCAGCUUUAUCGACAAUAGAAUUAGGCUGCGGUGAAGUCGUGGUGGCCCCUGUACAUGCCAGCGUUGCUGGAAGACAAUGGUGCUUUGAGGUCCGUGGUGGUUCAAGACCACCAAGGUACUUCUGUUGCUCGUCUCGAGAGGAAAGGGACUUGUGGAUGCACAGUUUACGACAGUCUAUUCAACCAUCAGCUGAUCAACUGCCAAGAACUGAUAACUCUUUAAAACUUUGGUUGUUGGAAGCUAAAUGUUUACCACCGAAAAGAAAGUAUUACUGUGAUGUCCUGCUCGAUGGAACUUUGCAUGCUAGGACUGCUGCCAAAGCAAGAGGUGAAAUAUUAUUCUGGGGUGAGCUCUUCGACUUAACAGAUCUACCAACAGAUGUAAAAGAACUUAAAGUCGAAGUCUACAGAGAAGGAGAUCGAAAACGAAAAAGGGACAAACAAAUCUUAGUCGGUUCAGUCAGGAUACCAGUGAACGAACUCGAUGGCAGAUACUUCACGGAAAGAUGGUAUCCCAUUUUAUCAGAAAAAGAUUUCAAUGCCAGCGGAAGUCUGUCCAGAAGUACAACCACGAGUUCUGGUCAAAGAGAUGGUCCUACCUUGAGAUUGAAGGCAAGGUAUCAAUCGACAAGAGUAAGGCCUCUUGCAGAUUACGAGAACUUCACCGAGUACUUGAGAAGAAAUUAUAAACUGGUGUGCGAGAGCUUGGAACCUGUCAUAGGUGUGAAAGCCAAAGAAGACAUUGCUUCGUCAAUGGUUUUAUUGAUGCAGUCUUUAGGACAAGCCGGACCCUUUUUAGCAGAUGUGGUAUCUCUCGAUUUAUUAAGGGUCGGUGAUCAACGAUUGACCUUCCGAGGAAAUUCUUUGGCAACCAAAGCUAUGGAAGCAUUCUUGAAACUUACAGGCGAACAGUACUUACAGGACACGCUAGGUCCACCAGUACGAGCAAUAUUAGCAUCGAGUGCAACUUGUGACUGCGAAGUGGAUCCUGCAAGAGGUGGAGUGUCCCCGAAUUCAACACAAUUGCUGAAGAAUCAAAAUGCUUUAAGAGAAGCCGUCAGCAGUGUUUGGACUUCGGUGAAACAUAGUCAUGAGGCAUUUCCUUUGCAGAUUCGAGAAUGCUUUGCCACUUUUAGAAGAAGGCUUGCACAGUUAAAUCGACAGGACAUGGCUGACAAUCUGAUCUCAGCUUCAAUAUUUUUGAGAUUUUUAUGUCCAGCUAUAUUGUCGCCUAGUUUGUUCAACAUCACAAAUGAAUAUCCUGAUGACAGAGCAGCCAGAAACUUGACACUCGUUGCAAAGACUUUGCAGACGUUGGCUAAUUUCACAAAGUUUCAAGGAAAAGAAGGUUUUAUGGAAUUUUUGAACGACUUUCUGCUACAAGAGGCACCUCAUAUGAAGGAGUUCUUAUACAGGAUAUCGGCUCCUGUGCCUCCACAACCAGAUCACACAAAUACGAUCUCAUCGUGUUCAUCUACAACGACUCAGUGGAGUGGACAUAUCGAUAGAGGAAAACAAUUGUCUUUGCUUCAGGGUCUUCUGUUAGAAAGUUUGCCCAAAGUUCCUCCUAAUAAACAGCAAGACUUACAAGAACUGAAAAGGAUACUCGAUGCACUUGUAUAUAAGCCAGAGCAACAGAUCAGGGACAGCAGGGGAUCUAUGGUUAUCACGGAUAAUAUAUUCAGGUUCAACGAUCCCACAGUCCAAAACACAAUGCCAGUCUCCAACGUCUCCUUAACCGAAGCCAAAUUACAAAAAUCUCCAUCGACAAUCAUAACCCCGACAAGCAACUGUGUCCAAAACAGCUUGGUAACAAGCAGCACCGAAAUAAACAACGUCACUGCCGAUGAUCCACCUAUAACUCAGCAACCAUCACCGACCAGAGUGUUCAAUUAUCCUAAAAAGUCACCAAAUUUGGGAGUACGUGCUGCCACUUUGCCUCGAAAUACUUACAAUCAAAUCUGCACAGUUGAGAUUUGCGAUAACCCGAAUGAAGGCAAUUUGAUUCCUAUCGGUUUGGAGACUUCUAGUGCUUUUGUGAGGAAGAGUCCGACUCCUAAACAUAGCAAGUUGCGUACAAAUUCGCAAGCGAGUUUGGUGAGUGACCGGUUGAAUGUUUUUGAUAACGACAGGAUUAAUUGUAAUGUUAAAAACACUGCCAAUUUGGACGAGUUAUCAGACUUGUUUGCGUAUGCUGAUGAACAGAAUGUAGAUUUGGUUAAUAAUGCUAAUAACGUUGCACAAAAUCAUGUGCAGAAUAAAGGAUCCAACAUAUCCAUCGGACAGUUGUCGAAUGUGUGCAGUUCUGGUUACCAAAGUAUUACUACCCAAAGUCAAAGUUCAAGCCCGACAGAUUUGAUUAAUCCCAUUAAGAUUAAAAUGAAAACUGAUAACAAAUCUGGACAGGACAAUGGUGGUAAUAAUAACAUGGCUUUAGCGUUUGAAAAUCCUGUGUACCACAUGGAUUUUCAAAACAAGAACUCCAAAAAGUUGAUUGAAAAUUCCUUAACGCCUUCAAGUUCCGAAGAAAAUUUACAAAGACCUGCUAAUUAUAUUAGUUCACCUUUAGACACUCCCAGUCCGGUGAUGAGGAGGAAUUUAAGGAUACCCAGGACGAAUCCUGGAUUGUCUUACCGGAACAAUCGUAUGUCUGAUGAGAAAAGAAUCGAUGAACACAGGUACGAGAUCGAUAGGAAUGUUAAAGAUUUAGCAAGUGUUGAGAACGAACAAAAUUAUUUAGCCAAUAAGUUUAAGAGAUCUUUGGAUAAAAUAAAUUCACCGGAUUAUGGGUAUGGAAACAACUACGAGUACCACAGGAAUUAUGAUAAUAAAUCCAGUCCGGUGCACCAAACUAUCGGUAUCCCUUUGCAACAUUCGCAUUCGAACAACAGUUUGUACUACCCAAAUUCCAACUUAAGCCACUCGUACUCCAAUACAAGUUUACAAAACUCUUCGAACAAACGCUUGCAGUAUUUUGAUCAACAAGGAUACAAAAACGGAACUGGGUACAACAACGACUGCAACCGAGGCUAUUUAAACAAACUCAACCUAAACUUCGAUGAACAAAAUUACGAGUGCUCCCACGGUUACAAAAACAAAUCCACCUACGAUGACCAGCACGUAACAAACCAUCAUCUGAACUACGAUAGUGAGAAUAUGAAUCCAGAUAGUGCCUAUCAAUCGGCAGAUGUUGUCCAUUGUUCAGGCAGUUUGCAGAAGAAGUUAUCGAGAAGGUUGGUGGAGACUGAUAGUUCCAGUGAGUCAGAGAUUCAGUCGAGGUCUGAGUGUUCGCAGAGAUCGAACAGGACUGUGGAGCAGUGCGAAAUGGAGAUCGCAAGGUUGCAGAGGACUAUCGACAGGUUGCAAGCCAAGUUGCAGAGGAGUGGGAAGAACGGACACCAGCAGUAUACUGUGUCCGAUGAUAAUAAAAUGAAGAGUAUCAUUGCCAGGAUGUUGAGUGUCGAAGAGGAGCGCAAACGCGAACAAAUGAAGAUGUCCCUGGCCCUGUCGCACAAGCAGCGCGUUAUAGACGCCCAGGGACAGCAAAUAGCGGCCCUCGACGCCGCCAACAGCCGCCUUUUGAGCGCCCUCAGCAGCCUCAGGCACACCUCGGGCCCUACUGCGGUCAAUCUGAACAGCCCCAACUCGAAUAACGACGCCGACGACGAAGCCUAAGGGGGAAAGAUACGUAGGGAUAAA